GGGAAUAGGAAGUGUCUAUCAGUAGUAGUGCUUAACAUGGAAAGCUAAGUACAAUACUGUGCUGUCAUUAUGAAGUAAACGCAGCUAUCUGCUUAAAUAUUCGCACUUAAAUCCGGGUGUCUUUAUUAUAAAGAAGUAUUGUAAGUGUUCAGGAAGUUCGAUCAACAGCAGGGCAUAUAUUUUUUGUGACUUGGAGUUCAACGUCUUCACACUGUUACUAAUCUAGCUUAGCUUUGCACUGGAAUUUGUUAGCGUCCGUGACAGCUACAGGAGCUAAAAUUAUCCUUGUUAAUGUGCACACCGAAUUAGGUGUCUUGUCGUCCGCUCGGUCCGCUUGCGCGUGUGUUUUAAUAUUUGUGUUAAUAGUGCUGCUCACCAAAAGGACUCGGUUCUAGCUGAAUGUCGGCUGUUAGUCUUAGCAGAAGCUGCAGUAGCUAGCAUAGUGUUAGCCUGUCAUUAUCAGCCAUGGAGUUGAAAAAGUGUGUGAAAACAACGAGAACAUUUUAUCUGCUGGCUCUUUUGUUGGUUUUCGUCAGUGUGGUGACCUGUGAUGAGGAUCAAGACGGAAAUGACGGUCCUGAAUUGAAGUCUUAUCAUGAUCCAGAGAAUGAAGAGGAGGAAAUCCAUAUGGCGUCAGUAAUAGUGGCAGCUGCUUCUGUGUCUUCUGGUCGGGACGGAACUCAGCCAGAGGAAAAGAAACAGGCUUUAGAUGAUGGACUGGAGGGAGAGUUGAAGGAAGACCUGCCUGAACAGCCUCCUCCGACUGAGGAGAAACCUAAAGAAGUUCCUGUGGUGAAUGGAGGCACAGCUCACGGAGAGCCCUGCAUCUUCCCAUUCUUAUUCCAGCAUAAGGAGUAUAUGGACUGCACCACUGAUGGGCGGGGUGACGGCAGGCUGUGGUGUGCCACCACAUACGAUUAUGAUCGGGAAAAAAAGUGGGGAUUUUGUGAGACGGAGGAGCAGGCACAGCAGAGACUGUUGGCAGAGGAACUGGAGGAGCAGUACCAGAAUAUUCUGCACAUGCUCAAUGUCACCACUAGAAAGGCACAGAAAAAAGAGUUGUAUGAGAAAAUGCUCCGAGUGUCAGAGAAGGGUCACCAGAAAGCUACAGAGAAGGUGGCGUACGCCAUGUUGUUUGGAGAUUACAUGAACCAGAACAUCACCAAAGCCAAAGAGAUGUUUGAGAAGCUGGCAGUGGACGGUUCACCCAAAGCUCAGAUGGCCCUUGGCUUUUUGUACGCAGCAGGACUCGGAGUUAACUCAAGUCAAGCUAAGGCCUUGGUUUACUAUACAUUCAGUGCUCUUGGAGGAAACAUGCUAGCUCAUAUGAUUCUGGGAUACAGAUACUGGGCAGGUGUGGGUGUUCCUCAGAGCUGUGAGUCGGCACUAACACACUACAGGCUUGUGGCUAACCAGGUGGCCAGUGACGUGUCGCUGACAGGCGGCUCAGCCGUGCAGAGAAUCAGACUUUUAGAUGAGGUGGAGAACCCGGGCUCCACCAGCGGCAUGUUGGAAGAAGACCUGAUCCAGUAUUACCAGUUUCUAGCUGAGAAGGGAGAUGUGCAAGCUCAGGUGGGUCUGGGUCAGCUUCAUCUACAUGGAGGACGUGGAGUUGAACAAAACCACCAGAGGGCGUAUGACUACUUUACUCAGGCUGCAAAUGCAGGAAACACGCAUGCAAUGGCUUUCCUUGGCAAGAUGUAUUCAGAAGGCAGUGAGUUUCUGCCUCAGAAUAAUGAGACAGCUUUGCAGUACUUUAAGAAGUCUUCUGAUUUGGGUAAUCCAGUAGGACAGAGCGGCCUGGGCAUGGCUUAUCUGUAUGGAAGAGGUGUCCCAGUGAACUAUGAGCUGGCACUGAAAUAUUUCCAGAAGGCAGCAGAGCAGGGCUGGGUGGACGGGCAACUCCAGCUGGGAACCAUGUAUUACAAUGGUAUCGGUGUGAAGCGGGAUUACAAACAGGCACUCAAGUUUUUCAACUUGGCAUCACAGGCUGGUCACAUCCUGGCCUUCUACAAUCUGGCACAAAUGCAUGCCACCGGCACCGGUGUGAUGCGCUCCUGUCACACUGCUGUGGAGCUUUUCAAGAACGUGUGUGAGCGUGGCCGUUGGUCAGAACGUCUGAUGACAGCCUACGGCAGCUUCAAGGAAGGGGAGUCUGAUGCCGCACUGGUGCAGUAUCUGCUACUGGCUGAGCAGGGCUAUGAAGUGGCCCAGAGCAACGUGGCUUUCAUUCUGGACCAAACAGAAGGUGCAAAGAUCUUCAGUGAGAAUGAGACCUACCCUCGCGCUUUGCUCCACUGGACACGAGCUGCAGCACAAGGUUACACUGUAGCGAGGCUAAAACUUGGGGACUAUCACUUCUAUGGCUACGGGACCGAUGUGGACUAUGAGACAGCGGUGAUCCACUACAGACUGGCCUCAGAGCAGCAGCACAGUGCUCAGGCCAUGUUCAACCUGGGCUACAUGCAUGAGAAAGGCCUGGGCAUUAAGCAGGACAUCCAUUUAGCAAAGCGUUUCUACGACAUGGCAGCUGAGGCCAGUCCUGAUGCUCAGGUCCCAGUUUUCUUAGCUCUGUGCAAACUGGGUCUGGUUUACACACUUCAGUACCUGCAGGAUCUGAAUUUGAAGGAGGCCAUGUCUCAAGUGGAUCUGGACCAGCUUCUGGGCCCAGAGUGGGACCUCUAUCUUAUGACGGUCAUCGCCCUUCUCUUGGGGACCGUCAUUGCCUACAGACAGCGCCAGCACCAAAUCGUAGUUCCAAUCCGUCCACCACCAGCCACUCCUGCGCCGACGCCACCUGCCAGGCCACGUCAGGAACAGCCACAAGCCCAGGCUGAGCCCCAGGAACAGGUUGAUACACAGGCUCAGGGAGCAGGAGCCCAGGUAGAGGAGGAGGAGGAGGAGGAGGAGGAGGAGGAGGAGGAGGAGGAGGAGGAGCAGGAACAGCAGGCAGCAGUGAGAGGACCGAGUAAAGACAGACAGAUGAACAGACAUGGGCUGUCAGCACCACUGCAUGGAGCAGCUGCAACUGCCAUGAGCUGAAUACCUGCUGGUCGGAGCUCCUCUUACUUUCUCUGCUCUGCUUCAGGCCAAUGGUCAAAGACUUUAAGAUGCUGCAGAGAUGUGCAGCCUCUGGACUCUUUAUAACGCUGGCCCCUGUGUUUAGCACAUGACAUUAGACAUGUUACUGGACUUGGCUGCAGAACAGAGAGGGGUGAGGUGGGAACAUCACUGACUCCGACAGAUGAGUAAAUCUUACAGCAGCUCCAACGUCCUCACCAUGGAGAUAGUUUUACUGUUUGUUGGGAUGUUAGAAGCAUUUUGUUUGACAUAGCUGAUAUCUGAUAUGUGCGUUAGUUUCCUCUCACUUUUUUGUGUUUUUAGAGAAUAACAUUCAGUUGAACUGAUUAAAUACCAAUUUGUGCAGUGAAAAUUGGAAAAGGUGGAAUAAGAUCGUUUAUAUUCACUAGCCCUUACUUUGAUUCUAUUAAAGAAGGCGCCUGUUUUGCCGACACUUUUCUUCAUACACGUUUAAUUAAUUUGAUUCGGUGUCAGAGUGCUAGAUUAAUUAUCUGCAAUUAACACUUUUUUUCAGCUUAGCAAGCAACACAAACAUUUUGUGAGAUUCUUUUUUGUAACUGUUGGAAAAUCCAGCGUGGAAUCUUCUUUUGAUAAAUUAUUUAAUUUUAACCCCAAAUGCUUCAUUGUUUACGUUUCCAUUUUAAAUAACAACCUCUGACUUUUGGGCAAGUACAUGAAGUGAACGUUUGAAUGCCUGAGAAAACCCACUCCUAAUGAGCCAAAGUUAUAAGAAAAACAGAUGGGAACAGUCUUGUAAAAUGGCAAAAGGCUUUGAGGUUUAAAUAUUUUUCCAUCUCUUUGCUGUUCUUUUGUUUUUUUUGGAAAGAAGUUCAACAAUUUUCCUAUAUUUUCUCGUUGUGUCUUUAGCCUGGUGUUGGCCGGAGGCAGGAAGUGGAACAGCCAGGCUUUCUGAUCACAGCAGUCACACACUGGAGUUUUGGAUUGUUUUUACUGUGGAGAAAUAUUUUAACACCAAUUCAGCUGUUGUGAGAACAUUCACCUCCUCACAUUAGCUCAAGUUGCACUCUCCACACUCACUUGGAUCGAAGUCUGAGCUUGCAAUGGAAAGAAUUCAAAGUCCCAGUUAUAGUGUUUAUUUAAAUAAAACUGGCAGGGUUUAAAUCUGGCUCAAGCUACUUUUUUUCUCCAGGGUCCAUUUAUUCAGUCUGACUGUUUGUGCUUGUUGUUGGAAAAGGUUCUGUUUACGUACGUGCUGCACAAAACCAGGAAUAACCGUUAAAAAAAAAAA